CCGACUCGCCUUCCAAACCCUCCAGCAGCCAAGCACCCAGCCAGACUGCCAGUGAGCAGCACGGACCGCCACCCUGCACUGGUCCACGCCAGCUCUGGUACCCUAUGGAGCCCCGACCUCUCUUUGUGCUUUUUAGCCUUUGCUCAGCUGGCCUCGUCCUGGGCUCCGAACAUGAGACCCGUCUGGUGGCAAAGCUAUUUAAAGACUACAGCAGUGUGGUGCGGCCAGUGGAAGACCACCGCCAGGUCGUGGAGGUCACCGUGGGCCUGCAGCUGAUACAGCUCAUCAACGUGGACGAAGUAAAUCAGAUCGUGACAACCAACGUGCGUCUGAAACAGCAAUGGGUGGACUACAACCUAAAAUGGAAUCCAGAUGACUAUGGCGGUGUGAAAAAAAUUCAUAUUCCUUCAGAAAAGAUCUGGCGCCCAGACCUUGUUCUCUAUAACAAUGCAGAUGGUGACUUUGCUAUUGUCAAGUUCACCAAAGUGCUCCUGGACUACACUGGCCACAUCACAUGGACACCUCCAGCCAUCUUUAAAAGCUACUGUGAGAUCAUCGUCACCCACUUUCCCUUUGAUGAACAGAACUGCAGCAUGAAGCUGGGCACCUGGACCUAUGAUGGUUCUGUCGUGGCCAUCAACCCGGAAAGUGACCAGCCAGACCUGAGCAACUUCAUGGAGAGCGGGGAGUGGGUGAUCAAGGAGUCCCGGGGCUGGAAGCACUGGGUGUUCUAUUCCUGCUGCCCUGACACCCCCUACCUGGACAUCACCUACCACUUCGUCAUGCAGCGCCUGCCCCUUUACUUCAUUGUCAACGUCAUCAUCCCCUGCCUGCUCUUCUCCUUCUUAACUGGCCUGGUGUUCUACCUGCCCACAGACUCAGGGGAGAAGAUGACUCUGAGCAUCUCCGUCUUACUGUCUUUGACUGUGUUCCUUCUGGUCAUCGUGGAGCUGAUCCCCUCCACGUCCAGUGCCGUGCCCUUGAUUGGAAAAUACAUGCUGUUCACCAUGGUGUUCGUCAUCGCAUCCAUCAUCAUCACUGUCAUCGUCAUCAACACACACCACCGCUCACCCAGCACCCAUGUCAUGCCCAACUGGGUGCGGAAGGUUUUUAUCGACACUAUCCCAAAUAUCAUGUUUUUCUCCACAAUGAAAAGACCAUCCAGAGAAAAGCAAGACAAAAAGAUUUUUACAGAAGACAUUGACAUCUCUGACAUUUCUGGGAAGCCUGGGCCUCCACCCAUGGGCUUCCACUCUCCCCUGAUCAAACACCCUGAGGUGAAAAGUGCCAUUGAGGGCAUCAAGUACAUCGCAGAGACCAUGAAGGCAGACCAGGAGUCCAACAACGCGGCUGAGGAGUGGAAGUACGUUGCAAUGGUGAUGGACCACAUUCUCCUCGGAGUCUUCAUGCUCAUCUGCAUCAUUGGAACCCUGGCCGUGUUUGCAGGUCGACUCAUUGAAUUAAACCAGCAAGGAUGAGCAGAAACUGAGUUGAGCUUAGCUCUGCCCCAGAAUCUACCAGAGCAGAGAAGGGCAGGAGAGGAAGGUUUGUCUACUUGCUACACUCUCAUUUAUCAAACAUGUAAUAUCCUGUACUCAUUAUUAAUGGUAAGAUUUAUAUUUAUGUAAGUUUGUGGCUUUGAAGUGUUUUCACAUUGCUUCUCCUUUUAGUCCUGCUGUCUCCCGGAAGAGUGAAGCUUCUUUAGUAAAUGAAACUGAUCACUAAAAAAACCGUUCAUUUCCAGUGUCUGGAAGAGUUUUGCUCAGGAUAACCGAGGUUUUCUGUUGCAUUGUCAUUGCUGUUUUAUUUAUAUGUUUACUUAUUUUGUCUAACCGCUAGACUACUAAGGAGUUGCUGUUGUUAUUUUAUAAAUGAAGUGUAUUCUUUGCCUGAGAGUCAGAUUGUACCUACUAGGAAAACUCCAUCUACCAGUCCUGAAGAGAUAAGUCAUUUGAUUUGGAGAGAGAGGAAGCCAUAGAAAUGAAAUAAAACAAAAUGAAAACUGCAUCAAAAAUCCAUGGAGUUUUUUGUUUAUUUUUUGAGAUGAAGUUUUACUCCUCUCACCCACGCUGGAGUGCAGUGGCACGAUCAGAGCUCACUGAAACCUCCACUUCCCAGGCUCAGAUGAUUCUUCUACCUCAGCCUCCCAAGGUAGCUGGGACUACAGGUGCACCUCACCACAACCAACUAACUUGUGUAUUUUUUGCAGAGAUAGGUUUUUGCCAUGUUGCCCAGGCUGCAAACUCCUGGGCUCAGGUGAUCUGCCCACCUUGGCCUCCCAAAGUGCUGGGAUUUCAGAUGUGAGCCACUGCCCUUGACAACAACAACAACAACAAAAAUCCAUGUUUUAAAGCAGAUUUCUAGACCUGGGAAGUCAGGGAAGGUUUGCCUGUCUCAUAUAGCACCUGGGCUCGAUUAUCAGGGUCUAGAGGGAAACAAGUCCUAACAGUAGGGCACAGGCACUAUGGAAAUUGUCUGCCUGUAUGGUUUUACUCCAUCUCAUACCCUUCCUAAAAUCCUGUCAUGUCCCUAUUUUACAAAUGAGAAAACUGAAUUUCAGGGAGGUUAUGUUCUUUGCUUAAACUAAAAGAACUGAGAUUUGAAUCCAGACUUUGAGAUUCCAAAACAACUCCGAGCUGGAUCAGUCCAUCUGUUCACUGGCUCUCCCGGCCACCCCUGGCUUCAUCAAGGCCAUUCUGCAACUGCUCAGUGUUUCUGAGAACGUCAGCCUUAGAAAAAACUAUCUUUCUGUCUUCCCAAUUAAAAUUCCUGCCUUUCCCCCCCCAGCCCUUAUUCCAAUCAUACUUGAGGUUCAAGUCCUAUAAAUAAAACCAAAAAUGUAUGUAUAAAACACAUCAUCACCAUUUAAAAAAUUCUGAAGUAAGUAGAAGAGAAAAUGAUUUCUUUUCACCUUGUAAACUUUAAUUCACAAUACAGUUUACCCAAGAACUAGAAACUGUGCAGCUAUGGGCCAGGCAUAGUUGAUGGCCUCCAAAUCACCAUAACCCAACUGUAUUUGUCAGGGUUCUCCAGAGACAUAGAACCAAUAAGAUACGUGUGUGCAUCACAGUUACUGGUUCUGGGUAAACUAUAUUAUGGAUUAAAGUUUACAAGAUGAAAAGAAAUAAUAUAUAUGAGAAAUAAUAAAUAUAUAUAUGAGGCUGAGAAAUCUCAUAACAGGUUGUCUGCAAGCUGGGAUGCCAGUAGCAUGGCUCCGUCCAAAUCUGAAGUCUUCAGAAGCAGGAAAGCCCAUGGUAUAAUUCUCAGUCCAAGGCUGAAGGUCCAAGAACCCAGAAGGAACAUCAGUCUAAGUCCUAGAGUUCGAAAGCUGGAGAGCUGGAGGUUGCAUUCAUUGCAACCUCCACCUCCCACCUUCCUCAGCCACCCGAGUAGCUGGGACCAUAGGCAAGCACCACCAUGGCUGGCUAAUUUUUUGCAUUUUUGGUAGAGACAGGGUUUCACCUUGUUGCCCAGGGUUACAGCUCAUGGAUCAUCAUAUAAUUGCACAUCUGGCCAUUCCCCUUCUAUGCAAAGUGCAUGCUCAGGUGUACUGCCUGAAGUUCUGCCCACUGAGAAGAUUUUCCUUCACCAGUGUCCUUCAGGGCUGUAGUGCUGCAGCUGUCCACUUUCAGAUGGUGCCUGCAUCUCGUGCAGAACCAUCUGUGAACCAGGACCUUUUCUUCUCUUCCUCUUCAGCUGAUCAUAGGGUACUUCCCAUGAGGCAAUAGAUGCAGGUGGGGAGAAGACAGGGUAGCAAGAGUAGAAACUAUGGGCAUUUGGGCCACUUCAUGUAACUUACUUGUGUCUGCAGGGCCUGCUUGAGCCUGAUCAUGUAUACUACUUCCAUUUAAUGAUGGAACACUGCUGUGCACACCGACUUUAUGGCUUGGUAGGUCAGAUAACACCCGGUUCAUGAGAGCCAGAUCAGGUUGUGUGGUAACUUGGUGGCCCACGGUCUAGCAUUUAGUUUCUACUAAGGCCAAGAACUAUCUGUCAAAAGGAGAGUACUUAUCUGCAGAUAAUGGCAGGGCCUUGCUCCAGAAUCUUAGGGCCUCUGCUGUGAUUCUCCUAUACCCUCCCUGUCUGCCACUGACCCCUCAAGCACCAUCAGAUCUGCUGGAUUGUAUGGCCCACGUGGCACAGCAGCUUGCACAGCAGCCUGGACCUGUUGCAGAGCCUUCUGCUGUUCUGGGUUCUACUCAAAACCAGCAGCUUUUUUUUUUUUUUUGAGACGGAGUGUCGCUCUUGUUACCCAGGCUGGAGUGCAAUGGCGUGAUCUCGGCUCACCGCAACCUCCGCCUCCUGGGUUCAGGCAGUUCUCCUGCCUCAGCCUCCUGAGUAGCUAGGAUUAUAGGCACGCACCACUGCGCCCAGCUAAUUUUUUUUGUAUAUUUAGUAGAGACGGGGUUUCACCAUGUUGACCAGGAUGGUCUCGAUAUCUUGACCUCGUGAUCCAUCCGCCUCGGCCUCCCAAAGUACUGGGAUUACAGGCCUGAGCCACCGCGCCCAGCCAACUAGCAGCUUUUUUAGUCACUUGGUAGAUGAGCCUGAGUAACACACUCGAAUGAGAAAUAUGUUGACUCCAAAAUCUAAGCAGGCCCACUAGUCAGGAGUUCGAGACCAGCCUGGCCAACAUAGUGAAACCCUAUCUCCACUAAAAAUACAAAAAUUAGCCAGGUGUGGUGGCACAUACCUGUAAUCUUAGCUAAGGCAGGAGAAUCACUUGAAUCUGGGAGAUGGAGUUUGCAGUAAGCCGAGAUGGAGCCCCUGCACUCCAGCCUGAGACUCAGUCUCAAAAAAAAAAAGAAGGAAUCCUGUCAUUUGUGACAACAUGGAUGAACCUGGGGGAUAUUAUGCUUAGUAAAAUAAGCCAGACAAAUAAAGAAAAAUCUACAGGAUCUCAUUUAUCUGUGGCAUCUAAAAAUGUAGACCUCACCGAAACAGAAUAGAAUAGUAGUUAUCAGGGAUUGGGAGAUGCAGGGGAAGUCAAAGAUGCUGGUCAGAGGGUACAAACUUUCAGUUACUAGAUAAAUAUGUGCUGGGGUCUAAUGUACAGCACGGUAACCAUUGUUAAUCAUACUGAAUCGUAUACUUAAAAUUUGGGAAAAGAGAUCUUAAAUGUCCUCACACACACACACACAAAGGGUGAGUAUGUGAGGAGAUGGGUGUGUUAAUUACCAUGAUUGUAGUGUACCAAAUCAUCACCUUGUACACCUUAACUAUGUAGAAUUUUUAUUUGUCAAUCACACUUCAAGAGAGAUGGGGGGGCAUGGGGAACAAAACAAAAAGGGCAUUAGGACUGUGUACAUGGGGGACCUGGCAGUGGGAGGCUGGCUGGCUGGGCAGGGAGAAGACAGUGCUGUGAGCCUAUGAGGGGUCCAGGGGCAUGUCAGGGGUGUGUUAGAGGAGCUCAGGUUCACCCUCAAUAACCCCAUUUGUCUGUGCAGUUUGGAGUCAGGACAUGAUGGGGGGCAGAGCCUACCUCCUAUUUCUCUCUACUAUCGAGGAGAGAGAAAGCUCUCAAAUCUGUAGCAUUUGGGGAAAUUAUCAUGAUAGAAUGAUCUUUUUGAAGAUUUUCAUAAUCCUUUUGUAUAAAAUUAGUAUCAAUUUAUAAUCCUGUUUUUCUGUCCCUGUUCUACUGAUGGUCACAUGAUGCCUCUUAGAAUAAAAAGGUGCGGUACUCUAAGUAAAGCUGCAUUAUCAGAAUUUAUACUGUAUAAAAUAUUUGCAUUUUUAGAAAAUUAUUUAUUUAUCUUAAGGGCUAGAAUUGAUUGUCACAGUCAUGCAUUCACAGACUUAUAACAAUGUAUUGAAAUAAUCAUUAGGUUAGAAUGAUGGGAUAAUGACAUUUUUCAGAAUUUUCUGUAAGAUUAUUCUCAACGAAUAUCUAUAAAUGUGAAACGUGAAGAAUCUAAGCCUUUGUAACUUUUUAAACCUUGAGAAUAGACGAUACAUGUUCUUAUAUCUAAUUCGACUCUAGGACUAAUGUUCUCUCAGCAUUACUUUAAACGCAAUAAAGUAAGACUAGAGAAGCA